GAACUGGCAGUUUCUCGCAGGCUUGUCAAAUAUCACACACAAGCACUGUAGAGUGUGGAGCAUUACAUUCAAGUGCCGGAGAUUGUGUUAUUGCAUACCAGUGCUGGAGACUAUGAAGUAUUACACACAAGUGCUAGAGUGAUUAAAACAUUGGACGUUCCUGUAAGAGCAGGGCCAUCAGUUGACCUUUGGAAAUGAAUUAUUUCGUGCUUCCUUGGUCUAUGGUGUGGUUAGGCCUUCACUUGGUAAGCCGUUCAGUUAAUUAAGAAAUAAAGACAAAUUUAACUCGUUCAAAACCUGUCAAAAAUGUAUUAUAAAAAGUGUUGGACUGCAAUAAAGCUUUAAAAUAUAUUAAUAAGACACGAACAAAUUGUGUCAAUAGAACAAUAUGAGUUAGCUUUAAUAAUAAUUGUACAUUAUACAGAAUUAAACGUUUCGGCACAUGCCUUCAUCAGUACAAACAAACACAACACAUUUAAAUAAGUAUAAAUUAAAUUUACAUAAUGUCAAUAUAUAUAUCCUACCUAAAACAGAAAAAAUAUAGGAGAGGGCGCUUAAACCUGACAAAAACAAAGUAAAGAGAUGUAGAAAGGAAGUGAUUCAAACAUAAUUGGAAAAACCAAACAGGAAAAAGACAUGGCAGCUAAGUAAAACUAUGGAUUUGGUUCAAUCCAUAUGGAGACAACGUACCAAAUCUAGUUAUUAAUUUGUUCUCCAUAUAGAUUCUAUCUGCAGUGUUACUAGUAUCGAGUAUACCAGUAACUACAAUAUCUGAGAUACCAUUAUGGUUAGGGCUAUUGAAAUGUUUGGAGACCGGACAGAGAGCAUGUUUAUUUAUGUUAUAGAGGUAUUGGAAAAAAAUACAAAAAUGUAUUGGAAAUGAUGAUGAAGAGUUUGAGGAUAGAAUUAAACUAAAAAUACAUUUUAUAUUUUGUUUCGUUUCAAUUCACGUCUCUAUUUUUAAGUAGCCUAAUUGAUUACAAUGAUGAAUUAUUCGUUUAGCUGGCUAUUGAGUAAUGUUACGGACUUCUCUGGCCUCGACAUUCUUGAGAAGAAAGUUUGGCAUUUCUGGAACAUUUUAUUUCAAUUAUUAAUAUUAUUUAUGAGACCUAUUAUUGACGUGUUCUUAUUAUUUUGAUCGGUAGUUAUUAUCACUCUUGUUACUAUCAUUGUUAUUAUUACUGUUGUUUUUAUUAUCAUUAUUGUUAUUGUUAUCUGUUACAGAGAGCUUGUUUACAUAAUAUUUCUCGUGCGUGCCCUCUUAUUGACCCCGCAUGAGACGAUGUGUUCACAAAGGGGUGUGGCUUAGGUCUUUGAUGUAUUCUUGUUUACGCCGCCAACGAAUAGAAAUAAUUAAUCUGUUCCAAAUAGUAUUUGGUAGAAUGAUUCUACCUUUUUCUAGAACUGCCGAGUAGCUUAUCGAAGGCAGGGCUUAGGCGUCGGUAGACCCACCUAUAUAAGGGAUUGACAGGCACGGACGAGAGGACGGAGAUUUUUCACAUAGAUUUUCUUAACAUUACGAGGCGUGUUUUAUUCUUUGUGUAUUUGUGUGCUCCUACUUAUAUGUGUUUAUUUCGCAUUAUUUAUUGGCAUCAUUAUUUCUAAUUGUAUUAACUGUGUACCGGUACGAGAUCUACCAUACUGUAAGUUGAAGAUUGUAAUUAUAUUUUUCUUUUCUUUUGUAAAUUAUCUUAAAGACAUAAUAAAUCUUAAUUAAUUGUAACUAGAAACUUUUUUGGGUCGUAUAUUUAAUAUUGUUGAUUCUAUGGUAUCGUCCUUUGUUAGGCACUGUUUACAACGAGCCAAUUAAAAUUAAAAUAGGAGAUUAAUUUCUCCCAAUACAAGUCAGUGCGUAACAUUAUCAUUGCUGUUAUUAUUAUCAUUGCUGUUAUUAUUAUUGUUAGUUUUGCUGAUGUUGUUUUAUAUCUCACAUGAAAGACCUGGAACUUAAUUACUUUGACACGAUUAAAUGACCCACGGAAUGCUGUGUUGAGUCAGAUGGAACGUGGCGACUCUGCACGCUAUAGCAAUUACUAUAUCAAUAAGGAAGACUGAUCAAGUAUGCAUCAUUUGCCAUCGUUAAGCCAUUUGGGUACAGUAAGUGAGUAGGUUAAAAUCAGUUACUGGUUAAGGCAUCCAGAUGCCCCUAUAAAGUCGAAACUUUGCCACAGUGGCUUAUCCAGUGGCUAUUUGCUGUGUAUACAUAUAGGCCUUACAUUAUAUAAAUCGAUGGGUGUGUUAGGGGGUGUACUCUGAAGUUAAUCCGGAGAUGGAUUCCCGUAGGUGGUGGGACAAUGAACAUUCUGACAACUCCUUCCAUAUGGAACGCACUGAAAGCUCAGUGAGACACAAGACACACUGCUGGUCAUUUAAUGCCUCAUGGUCACACUGCUGGUCAUCUACUGCAUCAUGGUCACACUGCUGGUCAUCAACUGCAUCCUGGUCUAUUUCCCGUCGUCUUGGCUCAUGGAACAAUUAUGCAAGGUCGAGAGAGAGAGGCUGUCGAAUUGAUCAAUUCAUCUUCAACUUAAAAUACAGUAUUAAUAAUAAUACUAACUUUUAGAAAUUGGCCCUGGCAGCAUUUAGUCUAGGCACACUUCUCUCCCCCUCCCCGCGCAAAAUGUUUGUAUCAGUUACUUUGAUUUCGAGCCAAAAUUUUAUCAAAUUUAACGAAGAAGGAAUUUUUAAAAGAAAGCCAAUUAAUUUUUAAAAAAAUUAGCGACGCUUCUUCUGUGACCCAAUUAGUUUGUAUGCGGCCAGUAUGUUUGUUCAUCACUAUUGUCAUAAAUCAACACGUCAGUCUGAGGAAGUCCUCACUUUGAUGAUUACCAUCACAGGAAACAUUACGGCUUCGGAUUUUCUUAUUUUCUACUUUCGCUUUAUCCCUCAACAUUAUGAUGUGUUAGCAUCAAGAUCCCCGAUGUGCCACAUAGAACUGCAUAUCAUAUCAUUAAGAGGACGUGUAAGAUCAAAUCGAUUCCAUACCCACCCUUUCCACAAAAUUGAUCCCAUUUUAAAGAACCCCUAGAAGGUGCGAAAUUCCCGUGCAAGUGCUUCAUUAUCGAGAACACGAUAAAAUAUAUCAUUAUGAUCAAAUGUAUCAUUAUGAUGAAAUGUAUCAUUAUGAUAAAUGUAUCAUUAUGAUAAAAUGUAUCAUUAUGAUCAAAUGUAUCAUUAUGAUAAAAUGUAUCAUUUUGAUAAAAUGUAUCAUUAUGAUCAAAUGUAUCAUUAUGAUCAAAUAUAUCAUUAUGAUCAAAUGUAUCAUUAUGAUCAAAUGUAUCAUUUUGAUAAAAUGUAUCAUUAUGAUCAAAUUUAUCAUUAUGAUCAAAUAUAUCAUUAUGAUCAAAUGUAUCAUUAUGAUCAAAUGUAUCAUUAUGAUCAAAUGUAUCAUUAUGAUAAAAUGUAUCAUUAUGAUCAAAUGUAUCAUUAUGAUAAAAUGUAUCAUCGUGAUAAAAUGUAUCAUUAUGAUCAAAUGUAUCACUAUGAUCAAAUGUAUCAUUAUGAUAAAAUUUAUCAUUAUGAUAAAAUGUAUCAUUAUGAUAAAAUGUAUCAUUAUGAUCAAAUGUAUCAUUAUGAUAAAAUGUAUCAUUAUGAUCAAAUUUAUCAUUAUGAUCAAAUAUAUCAUUAUGAUCAAAUGUAUCAUUAUGAUCAAAUGUAUCAUUAUGAUCAAAUGUAUCAUUAUGAUAAAAUGUAUCAUUAUGAUCAAAUGUAUCAUUAUGAUAAAAUGUAUCAUCGUGAUAAAAUGUAUCAUUAUGAUCAAAUGUAUCACUAUGAUCAAAUGUAUCAUUAUGAUAAAAUUUAUCAUUAUGAUAAAAUGUAUCAUUAUGAUAAAAUGUAUCAUUAUGAUAAAAUAUGCUGAUAGUUAAGGUUGCUUUGUAAUCCCCGCCAUUAUAUCCAGUUUUCUUUAAAGUUGUUGAUAUCAUUUCCUUCAUCCAGGUUAUGGAUUACAGUAUUUCAUUGCCACACUUUGCCAAGGACGUAAGAAUUCUCUGCAGAGACACAGUAAGUUUCCUUUCUCUAUAGGACAAUAUUAUUUCUUAAAAUAUAGGAAUAGUUUAUUGGGUACCGUAAAGUUUGUCAUGUUCGUAAAAUACAUCAAUGUCUUAAGAUAAGACAAGAGGUAAAAUAUUCUUUUUAACGCAUGACUGAGGAACGUUCGAAGAAAAUUUAAGCUUUAUUUAUGAUUUGAUUUGUAUUUAAUCUUUGACUCGUUAUUCAUGAUAUCCCCGUGUAAAAUUGAUGACCACUGUGGAUUAUGUUCCUAAAAGAAAGAUGGUCGCGUACAAAACCUAAUCCAUUGACCUAGAUUAUGUAGCCAUCAGCCAAUUUAAUGUACUACAUCUGUCAGGUUUGUCAAGAAGGAACAGAGUGCCGUGUGGAGCUUCCAUGUUUGGAACCCGGUUGUUGGCCGAAACCUAUUUGUAUUGAAGGUAUAUCUGCAUGAAGUUGAAAUGGCUAGAAAGACUUUGACAUUGUAUGCUUGUAAUUAGUUUUUGUAGUGUUGCGUUUGUUUUAAAUGUGGUAAAUUAUAGAUUUGUUUUUUGUUGACUUUUACCGCGCUUCGAGCCUUUGGUGAUGAAGCGUGUUUUUGAAAUGAACUUUAUUAUUAUUAUUAUUAUUAUUAUUAUUAUUAUCUAUGUCUGUUGUAUUGAAUAAAAGUAUGUAUGUUUCUGUUGUAGUGAAUGAAGGUAUGUCUGCUUCUGUUGUAAUAAAUGAAGUUAUGUCUGUUUCGGUUGUAGUGAAUGAAGGUAUAUCUAUUUCUGGUGUAAUUAAGGAAGAUAUAUCUACUUCUGUUGUAUUAAAUAUAGGUAUGUCUAUUUCCGUUGUAAUGGACGAAGGUAUGUCUAUGUCUGUAAUAUUGUAGGGAUGUGUUUUUAUGUUUUAUUGUCCGUUUAAUGCACAAGUCGUCAAAAGUGUAAUAAAUACCAUAGUAGUUGCUCGUCACAGUACUAAUAAACUCUAUAGUAUUAGCUCGUCAUAGUACAAAUACGUGCAGUGGAAGUAGAACCUCAACUAAAAAAUUAAGUUCAACAACUUAACUGGUUUUUUUUUUUUUUUUUUUAAAUAAUUUUUACUUUUACUUUUAAAAAAAAAAAUAUACUAAACCUAUUUUUUGGGGGACUUUUCAGUUUUAAAAAAUUAAGUUCAACAAAUUAAUUGGUUUUUUUUUUUUUUUUUUAAAUAAUCUUUACUUUUACUUUUAAAAAAAGACAUAUACUAGACCUAUUUUUUGGGGGACUUUUCAGUUCCUGAAUUCUUGGACCUGACCUGCCCAAACACAACCCUGGCAGUGAUCGUCAGCUCCAAGCCUAUCCUAGAAAGCUCGUUGGCCAAAGCAGAAUCGCGCCUCAGUGUCAAAUAUGAAGCCUUCUCCUGCUACGACAUGAACGAGUGUCCCCAGGGGUCAGUGUGUUUACUGAACUUCUGCUGUUACGAUUAAAUUUCAAUGACAUACACACACCUCGGACUUUCAAACCUACAAAAUUGAAAUAAACUUUAUAGUAUAACUUUUCUUCAUAUGCUUUUGUAAUGUGCUGGCUGGGGAUUAGAAGAAGAAUCACUCAUGCUGAAUUUUUUAUUAUUUUUAUUCAACUUUAUUGCC